AUGAAUGAAAGGAGAAUGAGUGUAGUGUCUCCCAAGGAUUUACAGUUUUGGGAGUCAUAUGAUCACUAUAACGUCGAUAAUCCGCACGUAGGCGACCCCAGAAAUCUUCAACACACUCAGUGGAACUAUUGUAGACUGAGAUACGCACUAUUUUGUCGUUGUUGCAAAGAACUGGAUGAAGAUAACCCCCGCUGCAAGUAUCAAUAUUACAGAGCGGAGAUGGCCUGCACCCAGGAUUUUCUGGAUCUAGCCAACAAGUACCGUGAUCAAGGUAGUCAUGCGCUUUUCUUUUUACACAGUUACCCAGGGGCAAACUCUGCAGAUGUCUUACCGAGCACCCAAGUAUACAAUUUGAGGCAAUGA